GUUGCAAUACGUGGAACUACAUUCAGUUUAUCCAAGAUGGCGCAAAGAGAGCACGUGCACGCCCAUGACUCAAUUCACUGGUUCAUGGCGGAUUUGACUUCGAGGGUAGUUGCAAAAUCAGGCGUGCCCACCGACAUAUACCACCUCGGCAAGAUCGUACUGCAGAGUUUAAGUGAUGCUCCGGAUUUCGUUAACCAGAUCGAUGGCGCUACAGAUGAAGACGAAACAAAUGCCUCUGUAAUGGACAGAUCGAUUCGUUGUGCAAUUAAUUUUAGAAAAUUAGGCCUUGUUACAAACGACGUUAUUACUAUAAUGGCGCCUAACCACCUAGAUGUAACUGUUCCGUUCUACGCAGCGUUGUAUCUCGGUUUGCCAAUUGCUUCUGUUGAUGUCAAUUUUGGAAUUAUGGAGCUGGAGGCAGCAUUCCGAGUAAACAGGCCUAAGCUGAUUUUGUGUCAAAGUGAAAAGUCAUCAGAUAUUCAAACAGCCUUAAGAAAAUGUAAUUUGGACGCCAGAAUCAUUACUUUCGAUCAAUGCGACGGCUUUUUAAAUUUCUCAAAUUUAUUGGAAAUAAAUGGUGAUGAAAAGGCUGUAACAGAAUUUAAAGCAAAUGAUUUCGAUCCUGUAGAAACAAUUGCCAUAAUUUCUUCAACUAGUGGCACUACCGGGUUGCCUAAAAGCGCUGCCCUAACCCACAAGAACUUAAGGAUUUCUGUGGCUUACAAUUGGUUGUCUUUCGAAACAUAUCCUUCACCAACUAAAAUGGCUAUCGUAAGUUUUCCUUUGCAAUGGCUCUCAGCUGUGUUCAGCUAUAUUUUUUCGCCUAUUUUGCGAUUCACAAGACUACAGUCCUCGAAACCAAUGCUUAAAGAAGAUUUCUACAAGUUUAUUAACAAAUACAGACCUACUUCAUUAUUUUUAACCCCUACAUUAGCAAGAAUGCUUCUGAAUGCGGAAGAUGUCGAUACAUGUGAUUUUAGUUGUAUCGUUCAUGCCUGUUUGGGAGGCAGUGCCAUUUCACAAGCAGUAAUUGAUGACGUAAAGAGAACAAUGCCUCAAGCAAAGAUUAUUGUUUAUUACGGUUUGAGCGAAGUCGGCGGUUUUACUUUCUACGAUGCUUUUCCAGCUAAGUCAUCUCUUGGUAGACCAAUAGGAUGUUUAAGUUAUCGUUUGGUGGAUGUAGAAUCUGGUAAUGAUAUAAACGAGCCAAAUGUCCCUGGGGAGUUGUGGUUGAAAGGACCCACUACUUUCAAGGGAUACUACAAUAACCCAGAAGCAACUGCAGAAAUCUACAAGGAUGGUUGGAUAAAGACAGGCGAUGUGCUGUACAGAGACGAGCAUUGGAACUUUUAUUAUGUCGAGCGAUUCAAGCAAUUGCUCAAGUAUAAAAAUUAUCAGGUGUCUCCUACAGAACUAGAAGAAGUUAUAAAACAACAUCCAGGCGUUUACGAAGUAGCCGUUACCGGUAUAACAGAUCCUGAAUGUGGGGACUUACCAAUCGCCUGUGUGAUUCGGAAACCAGGGCACACAGUGACUGCGCAAGAAAUUAAGGAUUUAGUCAAAGAUUCCCUCGCUGAUUCUAAGCAGCUAAGAGGCGGGGUGACGUUUGUUACCGAAAUUCCGAUGACAGUAACUACGAAGAUUAACAGGAGAAAAUUAAAGGAGUUAGUGCCGAGUUUGAACAGAGAAUAAUUAUUGUAGAGGCGUAGAGUAGUUACAAAGUAGAGAGAGAAUAAUUAUUGUUGAAGUCACCUUCAUCCGCGUAGUAGCAGUUUUUGCUGUUAAAUGUGAAGGCUUAGUUCUGGUCUAAGAUUAUACAGAUAUAUCUUAUAAAUUUAGUGAUGUCACUUGCACGGACGCAAGUAUGACUUUAAGAUGGCAUAUAGUUACUUAUAUCAUGACAUUAUUGUGCAAAAUACGAUUCCAAUAAAGUAUUCGAUACCUUACAUUUCUGUUAUCAAUGUAGCAUCACAUAGGAUUACGCAAUUACACUAGAAUCGGACACACUUUAUAAUGUAAUCCAUGCAAAUAAUUGGAACAGACUUGACUAUCUGAUUUUAACAUUAUAUCUACAAUAAAUUAUUUUAUUACA